AUGGCAUCAUUACACACUGCAAAGGCUCUAGAACAAAAGCCUGCACACUCACGAGUACUCCGUGAACGAGUACAUGCCUUCAUUGCAGAUCGUGAGGAUCUCCCAAUCAAUAUUUAUGGGACAUGGAAUGAGUCACUUCUUGACAAAAACGAGGAUCUUGCACAGGAAAUACACAUGCAUCUACAAGCGACUGGAAAAUAUGUAAAGGCUAUGGACCUUGUUGACUUCCUCGAUACACCAGAAAUGCGAAAAUGGAGUGGAAUCACAAAUCGAAUUAGUCUUGCAACUGCGCAGCGAUGGAUGAAGAAGCUCGAGUACCGCUGGACAAAAGACCCAAAAGGUCAAUUUGUUGAUGGUCAUGAGAGAGAUGAUGUUGUGGCUUACCGGCAGGAGGUUUUCUUGCCUGCAUGGGCAGCAAUCAAGGAGAAGACUCGAAAUUGGUCUUGUCACAACAUCGAGACUGACAGAGAUUACCCUUGA